AUGUAUUAUCCAAUGGUAAAACAAUAUGUCGCUAAAUGUUCGAUGAUAUCAUCUUGUGAACAAAAAAAAGAACAGAACAGUUUCGGAUUGAAACAAUCGCCUUCGAUAUUUGAUCGGCUCUUCAUCAAUUUUCAACUAUCUGAAACGUUCGAAAUACAAAUAAAUGAUACAUACACGCGUUGUCGUCACCCAAUAAACGACGAGAAACACGUAGUCAAGUAUUUGCUCGUCGAUUAA